CCUCAAGGCGGUGGGCUGCUGCAGCCUGGGCAGCCUGGCCUACCAGCAGUGGUGCGCGCUGACGGCAGCGGCCGCCCUGUCGUUCACCGCCCUGGCUGCGGCCGCCUACCUGCUGUCCCGCAUGGACUCCCUGGGCCGCAGCCGCCGCCGCCAGCAGGCCUACCAGCAGGGGGCUCAGCAGCGGCUGCAGCGGGGCGGCUGCUGGAGGGCCUGCUGGCGGGACUGCUGCGUGUGCUACCACACGGGUCGCGGGCGCAGGGCGGACGAGGAGGCUGCGGAGAACCUGUUCGCCAAGGCCGCGCAGCAGCAGCAGCACCGCCGGCACGAGCAGACGCUCGCAGCAACCGCAUUACCUGCUGCAGGUGCUGCUGCUGCCACUGUCGCGUCCAGCACUGCAGCAGCACCAGCCCCCACGGCGCCCCAGGCGGCACCGGACGGCAGCAUCAAGAGCGUCAUGCUGCCGCCACCGCCAGUGGGGAUGAUGCCACCGCACUCGUCUUCUUCGCCUUCCUGCUCGUCCGUCUCCUCCUCCAGUCAUCACCACCCGCAGCCACCCAAUCAUCAACAGCAGCCGGCAAAGGCGGGGACAGCAACAAGGCUAGCACGGACGGUCGGUAGCAGCGACAGCAGCAACAGCAGUACCGUCGGGGGCGGCAUGGCAGGCAGUGUAACGGU